GGAUCAAAGUCAUGCAAAACGUCUAGAAUUGAAUUGAAACUCCAACCAACCGUCUUCACACACCAUCACAGCAGGCAAGGCAGCUAUGGAACUGAAAGGAACAAUCGUCUUCACCACCCUGGGCAGACCACACUACGGUUUCGACAUUUUCUCCCUCAAAAUCCCCUCUAAUCUCAACACCCCUUUCUCCGAUUGCCAAGAACGCCGUCUCACCGACGGAAUUUCCGUCAAUUUUAACGCCCAGUUCCUCGACAACGACCAAACCAUCGUCUACGUCUCCGAGAGAACCGGCUCGCCUCAAAUCUAUUUAACUCGCCCCGGAGCAGCUAAACCGGUGCAACUACCUUCACCACCCGAAAGCCUUUUCCACGACCGUCCGAUAAUCAAAAACCAAACGCUAUACUUCAUCUCAGCUCACGAACCGCCCGACAAACCUUUCAAAAGCUGGUCUGCUCUUUAUUCAACUGGGCUCCGACUCGAUGAUGAUAAGAAAAUUGUUCGGCUGACACCUUACGGGUCUGUUGAUUACAGUCCGGCUAUUUCUCGCUCCGGCAAGUUCAUAGCCGUGGCGUCUUACGGGUCCGGAGCCUGGGGCGGCGAAUUUCACGACCUCCACACGGAUAUCAUUGUCUUCCCGGAAUCUGAUCCGACUAACCGCACCGUCCUCUGUCGACACGGUGGCUGGCCCACUUGGUCCGGCGACUCCACCAUUUACUUCCACCGCCAAGCCGACGAUGGAUGGUGGAGCAUUUUUCGGAUCGACUUGCCCAAAGAUUUUGAACUGACCGGAUCGAUUUCCCCUAGCCGAGUCACACCGGCUGGACUUCAUUCAUUCACUCCUGCGGCUAUGCACGACGGUCAGCGAAUCGCCGUAGCCACGCGCCGCCGUGGCAACAACUUUCGUCAUAUUGAAAUUUUCGAUGUGGUGUCGCAGAAAUUUCACCCAAUUACUGAGUUACUGAACCCUAAUUUCCACCACUACAAUCCGUUUGUUUCGCCGGAGUUUGGUUUUCUCGGUUAUCACAGAUUCCGAGGCGAGUCAUCAGCCUCCGGCGAUUCGAUAAUUCCACAUCUCGGUUACGCGACGUCACCAAUCAAAGGACUCCGAAUGUUUCGGCUCAAUGGAUGUUUCCCUUCGUUCUCUCCAAACGGCGAUCUGAUCGCGUUUAAUCAGGAUUUUGAUUCCAACUCCGGCCUAAAAAUUGUCAAAUCAGACGGUUCAAAGAGAUGGUCAUUGAUCAAAGAGCGAACAUCGUUCUACAGCUGCUGGUCUCCGACGGAGAGGAACGUGAUUUUCACAUCACUGGGACCGAUCUUUGAUUCGGUAAAAGCCUCAGUCCAGGUUGCUCGAAUAUCAUUCGAAUCUGCAAAUUUUCUUGAGGAUGAUCGUGAAGAUGUUCCAGUUGAUAUAAAAGUCCUCACUAGAGAAGAUACUGGUAAUAACGCAUUCCCGUCGUGCUCGCCAGAUGGCAAGUUCCUUGUGUUCAGGUCCGGCCGUUCGGGACAUAAGAACUUGUACAUAGUUGACGCCGUUAAUGGGGAAUUAAACAGUGAUGGAAUUCGUCAGUUAACGGAGGGGCCAUGGAUUGACACGAUGCCAAGCUGGUCGCCAGACGGCCAACUCAUUGCUUUUUCAUCGAAUAGACAUAACCCUGACAACGUGAAUGCUUUCAGUGUAUAUGUGGUUCGGCCGGACGGCACGGAUCUCCGGAGGAUACACGUGGCCGGACCAGAAGGAUCGGGUGAUGUGGAUACCGAGAGGAUCAACCAUGUGUGCUUCAGUGCAAAUGGGGAGUGGCUGCUGAUGACUGCCAACUUGGGGGGAGUGACGGCGGAGCCAGUGUCGGUGCCCAAUCAAUACCAGCCAUAUGGUGAUUUGUAUGUGGUGAGGUUGGAUGGGAGUGGGUUGCAGAGGUUGACUUGUAAUUGGUAUGAGAAUGGCACGCCAGCGUGGCACCAGAGGGAUGAGUUGCUGGAUACGGGACGGUUGGGCUUGGGAUGCGAGGUUGGAGAUAAGUUGCAGGGUCAAUUCGAUGAGCCGCUCUGGAUCCGUUGUGAUUUUUAAUUCCAACACCAACGAAUUCAGGUAGUUAGAAUAUCAUUUUUUUUAG